AUGGCUACAACAAACUAUGCGGACCCCGAGUCUUUGGGGGUCCUAGCUACGAUGGUCAAUAAAUCGCUGGUCGAAACCGGGCGAUUCUUCCGGGCAGCAGGCUCGACGCAGGCCAGGACGCAGUUGAAGCGGACGAUCCCAGUCGCCCACGAAGAAUUUCAGAACGCAUUGGACAAUUUGUCUGAACAGAUUUUUAUUGCCAAAGCGUUUUUGGAAAGGGACUACGAAGCAGUCUUGGCCCAAAAGUCCGCCCUACAACCAGCUCAAGACACCGUCAUGGAUGAAACCGACAUCAAGCAAGACCCGGAACCUGCACCAUCACAGCCUGAAAUGGAGUCCGCCAGCGCAGUUGCAGAAAAAGAUGCCCCAGGCCAAACGGAGCAACCCGAGGUCGCCACGGCCGAAGAAGCUGCCCCGGUGAAGCAGGAGAAUCAACCUGUGAAACAAGAGCCGGAGAAUAACGACGAACCGGCAGCCGCAGCUCCUGACCAAUCCCCAAAUAAACCAGAAGAAAUCAGUUUCCACUCCAUGUUAAACGACAACAGCGCCCCCAACGAGUUCGAUCUCAACCUAGAUUUCGGGGAUGACGACCUUGGGAACGAGAAUUUCCUGUCCGGGUCCAACUUUGCCAAUGCCGUGGACGGCACCAACGGUCAUACGAACGAGAAUGAUCCGUCCGCGAACACAGCCAUGGAGCUACCAGGGGCAGGCGCCAGUGGGCCAGCAGGCGGAGAUGUAUUCGACUUGGACCUACAGAAAACAGACACCCCUGGGGGUGAAAAUAGCAACCAGCAGCCAGACGCACAGAUCGGAAGUAACACCGAGGAUAUCAUAGGACCGGGGGAAUCAAGUUUCGACGAUCUAUUCAUGGAGAACGAUAACUUUGGAGGAGAAGCAGGGGGAGAUCCGAAUCUGCUUGAAGGCGAUGACUUAAUGAAUAUCACCGAGAUCGACGACAACUGGUUUUCUUGA